CAACGCGGCAUCAGCGUGUUCUUGCGAAAGCGGCAAUUUCAUUCCUCGGCAACGAACCAUGAAGGAUCUUCGAGGCCACGUCGCUCUGGUGACAGGCGCCGUGGGAGGACUUGGAAGUGCAAUCGUUGCGGCGCUGCUCACCAAGGGAUGCAAGGUGGCGCUACUGGACAUCAACGAAGGACUGGGGACGAAGGCUGCCACCAGACACCAGAAAGAGCACGGGAAAGAAAGCUGCGUGUUCUAUAAGUGUGACGUCACCAACGAACCCCAACUGGAAGAAUGCUUCAAGAACACCAGAUCGAAGUUUGGAAGGCUCGACAUUGUUAUCAACAAUGCCGGCAUCUUUAAAGAAGAAGACUGGAGAAUGACGUUUGCCAUCAACACAGAGGCAGUGUACUCCGGGAUCUUACUUGGACUGAAGUACAUGGGCAAGGAUAAUGGCUUCAAUGGUGGCCAUAUUAUCAGCACCUCCUCGAUAGCCGGAAUCUAUGUGCUGCCCUCCGUUCCUGCGUACAACGCCUCCAAGGUUGCGGUGGUCGCCAUGACCAGAGCGUUCGGGGCCAAGCUGCACCUGGACCGUCAUGGCGUGAGGGUGAAUUGCGUGUGUCCAGACCCCAUCAACACUCCGCUUUGGGGACAAAUCUCCGGCCACUUCAAACUGGACCCGAUUACGGCUCCACUGCACGACGUCUACGACAAGCGGGCUCAAAGGCCGGAAGAUGUCGCACGUGGCUUUAUCAAACUCCUGGAAGAUGACGACAAGAACGGCGCAGCGCUGCUCUCGCUGCACACCGACGGCCUCCAGUAUUACAACUUCCAGGAGCCCACGCCGGAGUUUUAGCCGGACCAAAAAUACAGACAUGACUGUCUUAAUAGAAGGGAGAGUAGGGCGAGUUGGUAGGCGUUCAUUGUGACAACAGAGCGUAAAGAACC